AUGUCGUAUAAUCGCCUGAACGACGAUUACUACACAAACGAGAUGGAUCCUCGAUACGGCGCUCAGCCUAUGCCGCCGCGUCGGUCACCUUCACCGGGUCAACAUCAUCCCAUUCAGCCAGGCUAUCAGCUCGAUGAUAACCCCUUCGACGAUGGCCGCUACGGGCAGUAUGGCCCCUCUUCACAGCAUCUUGCUAUGCCGGGCCCUGAUCCUCAUGGACGCUUGCCCACCCCUAGCGACCAUUUAAGCCUCAACGCAGCUCAAUCAGUUGACAACCUGACCGGUUAUGGCCCCCCUUCAGGAGGAGAUUACGCUGUAAACCCAGAAGCGCAUCACGAUGCCUACUAUAAUCAGCCCUACGAGCCUCGUCCUCUGCCUCAACCUCAACAUCAAUCCUACGAUCAAGGCUACGAACAUGAUUACGACGUUCCUGACAACCGACCUAUGCUACCACAUCAGCACUCGGAUGUCCCUAGCGAGCAAUACCAAGAGCCACCCCAACAAGGUGGUGGCAUACAACGUCGAAAGACAGUCAAGCAAUUUGCCCUGUAUCGCGGCAACCUUGUUUUUGACUGCCGCGUUCCUCCCCUCCUUCUACAACAGAAUCCCCACGGCGAGCGCGAUGAAUUUACGCAUAUGCGAUAUUCGGCUGCCACCUGCGACCCUAACGACUUUUACGACUGCGACUUUACGCUACGGCAAAGACUCUUCAGCAAGCCCCGCCAUACCGAGCUUUUCAUCGUCGUGACAAUGUACAACGAGGACGAGGUUUUGUUUGCGCGUACCAUGGCUGGCGUUUUCAAGAACAUCGAGUACAUGUGUAACCGACCAAACAGCAAGACAUGGGGCAAGGACGCUUGGAAGAAGAUCGUUGUGUGUGUUGUUAGCGAUGGUCGAUCCAAGAUCAAUCCUCGCACUAGGGCCUUGUUGGCUGGUAUGGGUGUUUAUCAGGAAGGCAUCGCCAAGCAACAUGUCAAUGACAAGGCCGUCACAGCUCAUAUCUACGAGUAUACCACGCAAACUCAUGUGCAGAUCAAGAGCAACGUUGUGCAGCUUGUUCACAGGCGCCAGCCUGUCCAGAUGCUCUUCUGUUUAAAGGAGAAGAACGCCAAGAAGAUCAACUCGCACAGAUGGUUCUUUAACGCUUUUGGUCGCGUUUUGGAGCCUAACAUCUGUGUUCUUCUUGAUGCUGGUACACGACCUGGUGGAAGCUCAAUUUACCAUCUGUGGAAGGCCUUUGAUCUUGAGCCCAUGUGUGGUGGUGCCUGUGGUGAGAUCAAGGCUAUGUUGGGUACUGGUGGAAGGUUUCUCCUGAACCCUCUGGUCGCUGCUCAGAACUUUGAGUACAAGAUGAGUAACAUUCUCGACAAACCACUUGAAUCCGCAUUUGGUUUCAUCUCCGUGUUGCCUGGUGCUUUCUCGGCCUACCGCUACGUUGCCCUUCAAAACGAUAAGAACGGAAAGGGCCCCCUUGAGAAGUAUUUCCUGGGAGAGACCCUUCACGGAGGAAGUGAUGCCGGCCUUUUCGAGUCCAACAUGUAUCUCGCCGAAGAUCGUAUUCUUUGCUUCGAGCUCGUCACCAAACGCAACUGCCAUUGGAUCCUGCAAUACGUCAAGUCAGCUACAGGCGAAACUGAUGUGCCCGACACGGUGACGGAGCUAGUCCUCCAGCGACGUCGUUGGCUAAACGGUUCUUUCUUCGCUGCUAUCUACGCCAUUGUUCACUUCCUCGACUUCCUCCGGUCCGACCAUACGUUCCUCCGAAAAUUCGCCUUCUUUAUUGAAUUCAUCUUCAACACAAUCAACAUGAUCUUCGCUUGGUUUGCUAUUGGCAACUUCUUCCUGGUCUUCAAGAUUCUCACGACGAGUUUGGGAGACGAAACAUUACUCGGAAGGACAGGUGAAAUUCUCGGUGUCGUCUUCACUUGGCUCUACGGUGUAUUCUUGAUUACUUGCUUCGUGCUUUCACUCGGUAAUCGACCAGCUGGCUCUGGUAAGCUUUAUUCUGCCAUGUGUUGGUUCUGGGCUAUCAUCAUGAUCUAUCUAAUGUUUGCUGCAAUCUUCAUCUCGGUCAAGGCUAUUAUUGCCGACGUCAACGACGAAAACGGCUUUAAUUUUUCUGAUAUAUUCAAGAAUAAGGUCUUUUAUAUGUUGAUUAUCUCGGUGAUGUCGACUUACGGCAUCUGGCUUAUCGCAUCGUUGAUCAUGUUGGACCCUUGGCACAUGGUUACGUCAUUCGCCCAGUAUAUGCUUCUCACGCCCACCUUCACCAACGUCCUGAACGUCUACGCCUUCUGUAACACGCACGAUGUUUCUUGGGGUACAAAGGGUGACGAUAAGGUUGAAGAGCUUCCUUCCGUCAACACCAAAGACGGUACCGGAAAAACGGACUUGCCCGACGAGGGUGACCUGGAUACACAAUACCAACGCGAAAUCGCUGUCUUUGCUCAAAAGUUCGUGGAGGUCAAGACCGCCCCAACCCCUAGCCAGCUUCAAGAGAGGCAGAUGGACUACUAUAGAGGUGUCCGUACCGGUGUUGUGCUUCUUUGGAUGGUUACAAACUUCGGUCUUGCAGCUCUCGUCCUUAGUUCGGCCGGCCUAGACCGAAUCAGCUCCAAGACAGAUAAGGAGGCAGACCAACUAAGCCGCUCUAACAUCUAUAUGUCUAUCGUCUUGUGGAGUGUUGCGGGCCUCAGUGCAUUCAAAUUCAUCGGCGCGAUGUGGUUCUUGGUUGUGCGUAUGUUCCGCGGCGUGUAG